AUGCCAUUGUAUGUAAAGUUUCUUAAAGAAUUGAUCACCAAGAAGAGAAGCUGGCAGGAGAAAGAAACCGUGCUCCUCACUCAAGAGUAUAGUGCCAUCAUUCAAAAGGGACUGCCACCAAAACUCAAAGACCCAGGCAGCUUCCUUAUACCAUGCACAAUUGGGAACAUGGCCAUUGAUAAAUCACAUUGUGACCUGGGAGCAAGCAUCAACUUAAUGCCUCUUGCCAUGAUGAAGAAGCUGAUGAUAGAAGAGGUUAAACCUACAAGGAUAUCACCACAGCUGGCUGAUAGAUCUCUCAAAAUACCAAAUAGAGUAGUGGAGAAUCUCUUGGUAAAAGUGGGAAAUUUUAUAUUCCCAGCCGAUUUUGUGGUCCUAGAUAUGGAUGAAGAGGGGAGCAACUCAGUUACCCUUGGUAGACCCUUUUAG